GGCGGCGGCCCGCCCGCCGUGCCCGCCACGGACGUCGGUGGACGAAACUGUUGGAUGUUUACUCGUUAGAUGUUACGGUAGUCCGCGAGGUACGCGCCGGAGGGUAAAGUUUGUGGCCGUCGAUGUUGUUAGUGUUUAUCCGUUGUAAAUAUGGAGUCGCGGGCGUGUCGCGAGCCCCGGCCGGAGACGCACCGUUACCUGGACUCGUUUCUUUGUUUUACGCUAACACUUAUUAGUGGACGCUUUUGUUUGUUUUGUUGGCUUUCGAAAUAUCCGUGUGAUUUCCUUUAUCGUAGAGAUUUAAUAGUGAUGGAAUGUUUUAAUCGAUUUAACUACGAUUAAAUUUUAAAGAAUAAUGAUAUGCAUAGGGCAUCGUUAUUAAAUUAUUAUCGUACGAGAGGAGUCCUAUCGAAUUGCAUUUGCAUUAAGAUUAGAUAAGUUAAAAUAAUUCGCAGAUUAUUCAAAAUUUAUAAUAAAAUUUUGACAAUGGUCAAUCUUUAAAGUUUGACGUCGAUUGUUUAGGGUCGUUAUUAAAUAAUUAAGUAUUGUAUUUAUCUUAUAUAAAGUGUAGGUAUUGUUUUAAUUUAUUCAGCAACUUAACAUAUUUCACGGUAAACACUGACUCCUCUCUAAAGUUAUUUUUAUAAAGCAGUUGAGAACAUACAUACUUACCCACAAAUUUUCACUAGCUACUCAAACAAAGUGCUUAUUAGUUUGAUUAUUAUACUCCAACAUUACAAAAUGUUUGUAUGUACCCUAAUUAAAUUCUAUAAUAUUAUGCAAUGUAUUUCAUUUACUAAAUUAAUAGCAACCAAGCCCACAAAUUUGUUUUAUUUCAUCCAUGUUGAGAAUAUCACACUAGAACAUGGACUUGUUACUAAUUACUAAAUUAUUUAAAAAAGAACCAAUGUUUGUAAUGUAAUGUCAAAAGAACUAUAUUGUCUACAAUGUUGGAGUUUUACAGUAGAUAAUAUUAUUAAUUAAGUUUAUAACAGCAACAGAUUUCAUUAUAAAUGUCUGAAAAUAUGAAAUAAUGUUAAAACUAUCAGGCCCUAAGAACUAAGUGCACAGUUGCACAGGUCCCCAAUUUUCUGCUGAAUGUCAGCUGAAAGAUGGAAUGACACCUAAUUUAUCUACUGGGUAUUGAAUAAUCUAAGCCUAUAGCAUUAUUUAUUAGCUUCUAGAUUGCUGAAAAACAAUAAUAUUGUUUUCAUAUAUAUACAGUCUUCCGUAAAAGAUAGACAGAAUCUAUUCUGGCUGCUAAACGUCAUUUUCCUAGUGUAUCUUAUUUAUUAUGUUCGAACAAAAGAUAUUUGUAAAGUACAAAAUCCGAUCUUUUCAAAGGAAUUAUCUAAUUAUGUCGCUUAGCUAGCAUAGUCUUAUUUUAUGGUUUUGUAUUUCGUUUUAGUAGAAUUUAUAUCAAGGCAAGAAUUGAAAAGAUUUAUUUUUAGUGAUAACAACAUUUUAUUUGACACUUUGACAGUUGAAUACUUGACGCUGUCACUGGUCCCUGACGUAAAGAAUUAAAGAUAUAAUAGUGCUGAAAUUGUAAAUAAAUGCAAUAUGACGUUAUUUAUAGAAAAUAAAAGAUGUUAUACUAGGAAUAAGGCUUAAACGUAAUCUGGACUAAUUUAUUUACAAUAUGGCAAGUGAGGAACAUAAAGAACUUUCAGACUACAUAAAAAGUGUGCAUUUAUCACUUAGGAAAUCAAGUUCAAAACUAGGAGCUGACACAGCAUGGCAGGAACAUUGUUGUAACGUAGACACUUUAUCAAAAUAUGCAGAAUGUAUGCAGAAAUUAGCCACUACACAUUGGGAAACUAACUGUAAUAGUGCUACAAGCGAAGCAACGUCUAGAAUUAAAUGGGCAGUUGAGUUCUGCCAUGACUAUUUUAAUAACCAUUUGUACAAGAAGUACCGUGAUAAAGAGUUGGGAAUUUCUCAGAGUAUAGGUCUACAAGUAGACCGUGAGGAAUCAUUCUCUGAACCCAUUAAACUACUUGAUGUUGGUAGUUGCUAUAAUCCUUUUAAAGUUUACAACAUGUUUGAUGUAAUAGCAAUAGAUUUGUGCCCUGCUAAUUCUUCUGUUCUACAAUGUGACUUUUUAAAUGUAGAAAUUGGAAACUGUCACACAAUAAAGGAUUUGACUGCUACUCAAUUCCAGCAUGAGUCGUUUGAUGUUAUAACCUUUUGCUUUCUCCUUGAGUACAUACCUACAUCCCAGUUAAGAAUCGCAGCAUGUGAGAAGGCUUACAAACUUGUAAAACCUGGUGGCAUCCUUAUAAUAAAUACUCCUGAUUCUAAGCAUGUUGGAGCAAAUAGCAAGAUAAUGAAAUGCUGGAGAUACACACUGGCUGAAAUAGGUUUUAAUAGAAUAAAGUAUGAAAAAGCUAAAUUUAUGCAUUGUAUGGUGUUUAGAAAAUCAUUGAACAAAGAAAUUGCUCAACGAUGGGCACUUUUGUACAAAGAACCUUAUAUGGAAUAUGCAAUCCACAUACCUCAAGAUUCUAAUAUUUUAGAUGAUGAAGAGUUAGACACAACAACACAACACAUAGAUGAAGACUCUGUUCUAGAUGAUUUUCAAGAAUUGCCUUUCCAUUAAAAAUAAUACAUCAUAA